AUGGCAUUUGCAACCAUUCUUUCCCUGCUCAGCCUUGCAGCGGCAGUGCUGGCCCAGGUCACUUCGACCAGCCUGUCAAUGGCGCUGUUUGAUGAUUCAGACCAGAUGCCACACCUGCGAGCGAUGAAGUGGAACAUCACCUACUACGACCGAGAUGCCGUCGCCCCAGGCUACUGGUUCGUGGCUCCCUACUGGUACCUCUUCGGCGAGAAGCACUCGAACCGCUGGACGCCAUGCCAGGUCGGGCCAUACAUCUACGACCAAGACGGGGAACUCAUCUGGGCGGGCUCCUGCAAAUACGAGAACCGCAACGUCUGGAACUUCAAGGUCGUCGAUAUCGACAACACCCCGCAUCUCGCCUUACGCCUCGUCGCCAGUCCCGACGAACCAGGCACCGACGGGUCCAUGGUCCUCCUAAACGACCGCUAUCAAGAAGUCUCGCGGACCCCCAUCCCAGCCGCAGACUACGACACGCACGAGCUGCAAAUCACCUCGAACCCGCGCAGGGGGAUCUCCAUCGUGCUGUACCCAAAACAGCUCAACCUGUCUGCCUUCGGCCAGCCCGAGAAAACCACACACAUCGACACCGGCGGGUUCAUCGAGUUCGACCUGGAUACCGGACACCGAACAUUCCAAUGGUUCGCGGACGAGCACAUCGCUCUAGACGAGUCCUUCGUCUUCGAUCACACAGAUGAAACCCCAAACCCAGACUACGCGCACCUCAAUUCCGUCCAGAAGACGGGAAACGGAAACUACCUGCUCUCCGCGCGCCACUGCAACACGAUCUACUACAUCGACGGCAGCACGGGGCACAUCAUCUGGCGACUCGGCGGGAAGAGGUCCUCGUUCACGGCGAACUUCCACUUCGAGCGCCAGCACGACGCGCGGUUCCUAACUGCCAAUGAGACGCACAUGAGCCUGACCUUCCUGAACAACGCCGCUGAUGAGCGCGCCGUCUUUGAGCCGUUUAGCUCUGCCAUGCAUGUCGAGCUCGAUCUUACGAGUAUGACGGCAACACUGCUAACCCUGUAUCCACGCCCGGAUGGAAAGAUCACGAACCGCCGGGGGAAUGUGCAGACCAUCCGAACGUCUGGCUUGUCGUCGUCGUCCGUCCCCGGUCCCAACGGCACGGAUACAGAUACAGAGACCACAAACGCCCUCGUGAACUGGAGCAACGACGCCUACAUCUCCGAGCAUACGCUCGCUGGGACGCUCCUAAUGGAAGCGCGCUUCGCCUCGCACCGCUUCGACACGUACCGCGCCUUCAAGUUCCCGUGGGUCAGUCGGCGUCCUUCGCAGCCUCCUGCGCUAGUGGCAUUUGCGCAUGGGAUGCGCGCAAAUACGUCCGCGUUCUCUUCGCUGUCGACGACGGUGUAUGUUAGCUGGAACGGCGCGACGGAGGUUCGACGGUGGCGGUUUUACGCGCGUGCUCCGCGUCCCUCGAAUUCCACGGCUACAUACGGGUAUAUGAACUUCACGAAUCCCCGGGUUGAAAUUGGGAGCGUGCCCAAGAGCGGCUUCGAGACGGCGUUUACGGUGCCAGGGUAUCUGAGCCAUAUCUCAGUUGAAGCGCUGGAUGUCAAUAACCGGAUCCUGGGGUUCUCCGAGGAGGAGGUCGUUACCACGCCGCCGUAUUGGGCUGCUGGGACUGGUGCAGAAUCGCCUGGCCCUGAUGAUCCGGAAGAAAUCCUCGCGGCUCUGCAACCGAGGCCUGAACUGGAACUGGAGCCGGAGCCGGAAUCUGUGCUGGAUGGCCGUCUGUCUGUAUCCGUGCUGCUACUGCUGCUUGCGCUUGUGUUUAUGGCCGGUUUGGUUCUUGGUCGUGGCGCUGCAUAUCUUCCUCCGCUGCUGGCGAGGGUUGGUCGUGUUCCUGUGGGUGCUUGGAGGCGGGUCCGGUCUCUGGGUUAUUUACCGUGGGUGUUGACGUGGACGUGGAUGGGGAGGUCGAAUGAGGCGGGAUACUCUAAAGUUGAGGGUGGAGAAGUCCACAUAGUUCAUUUGGCGGAGAGGGAGCGAGGGCGAGACUGGUGA